AUGUUCACCGACGACGCCGCGCAUGCGUCGCUCGCCUUCGAGGACGUCCUCCCCGCGGAGCCGCACGCCAACGUGAAGCGGCGUGAGAUCUGUCAGCCGUUUCAGCACGGCAGGUGUCGCCUCGGCGCGGCGUGUCCCGAGCGGCACGUCAUCUCGCAGUUUAAGACGAUGCGGCUGGAGGUGUGCAAGCACUGGCUCCGCGGCGCUUGCGUCAACGGGGAGAACUGCCUGUAUCUGCACGAGUACGACGACCGCUACGUGCCGGCGUGCGCCUUCUACCAGCGCCUCGGUGAGUGCACGAACGCGGAGUGCCCGUUCCAGCACGUUGUGCAGGCAGAGAGGCAGCCGGAGUGUGCCGCGUACCGCCGUGGCUUCUGCCCGCUCGGCCCGCAGUGCCACCUGCGCCACGUGCAGCGUCAGCCGUGCCCGUUUUACCUCGCCGGCUUCUGCCCACUCGGGCCCAAGUGUCUGCUGGGGCACCCGGUGCAGGAACUGUACAACCGCAACGCGGUGUCGGAGCGGCUGCGGCAGCGCAUGCUCGUUGAGCGCGCCGAUGACACGUCGUUCAACAAGAACGCGACGUGCUACCGCUGCUUCGACCCCGGGCACCUCGCACCCAAUUGCCCGGGCGUACAGAACGGCGUCCUGCGGCGGAUGUUGAUGGCGCUGCAGGAGCCGGGCGAGCAGCUGUACUUCCACAGCGACGGACGGUCGAUGCGCAAGUGCUGCUUCUUCUGUGGCGAUGAAGGCCACGAGGUGCGGGACUGCCCGAAGAAGCCGAAGAGCCAUCAGUGGCACGGCCACAGACGGGGAGAGGGUGCGGGGCGGUGA